UGUAUUCUCUUCAUCUCUCGCGUGAUGUGACGAGAUUUCGAGGGGAAGCCAUUUUGGUUCAGGAUCGUGCGGCGUUUUCCGAGAUGUCUUUGUUUUGAGACGUAAUUUCUCUCCCAAGAUCACGAUCUACCGGCCUUCAAGAUGCCAGCCGUUGAAGUACAGUCCCAGGCCCCUCCAGAGCCUAAUGAACAGCCCCCACCUGAGCCCAAGAAGCCCACAGUGGGUAUCAUCUACCCUCCGCCCGAGGUCAGGAACAUCGUAGACAAGACCGCCAGCUUCGUGGCCAGGAACGGACCCGAGUUCGAGUCCCGGAUCCGACAGAACGAAAUCAACAACCCCAAGUUCAACUUCCUCAACCCAAAUGACCCCUACCAUGCCUACUACCAGCACAAGGUCACUGACAUCAAGGAGGGCAAAGUUCAGGAUUCCAUGAUCCCCAAGGUCACGAACUUGUCACAACUCCAGACUUCCAAGCCCUCUCAGCCACAGGUGGUACAGGAAACGAUCGUCCCUAAAGAUCCGCCAGCGGAGUUCGAGUUCGUGGCCGACCCUCCCUCCAUCUCCGCGUACGACCUGGACAUCGUGAAGCUGACGGCGCAGUUUGUCGCUCGUAACGGCCGCCAGUUUCUGACUAACCUGAUGAACAAAGAACAGAGGAACUACCAGUUCGACUUUCUCCGGCCACAGCACAGCCUGUUUAACUACUUCACCAAGCUGGUAGAACAGUACACCAAGGUUCUCAUCCCACCCAAGAACCUGAUGUCCAAGCUGAAGAAGGAGGGAGACAACCCGAGGGAGAUAAUGAACCAGGUCAAGUACAGGGUGGAGUGGGAGAAGUUCCAGGAGCGAGAGAGGAAGAGAGAGGAGGAUGAACGAGAGAGGGAGAGGGUCGCCUUCCUGCAGAUCGACUGGCAUGACUUUGUGGUGGUGGAGACAGUGGACUUCCAGCCACAUGAAAUAGCUAACCUGCCCCCACCCACGACCCCUGACCAGCUGGGUGCCCGUAUGCUGAUACAGGAGCGUAUGGAGAAGGGACACACCGCAGAGCCGUCCGAGGUGGAGAUGGAAGUAGAAGAUAUGGACGAGGCCUCCUCAGAAGACGAAGAUGAAGGUCCCCCAUUGCCUGGUACAGCAGACACCACAGAACAGGAUAUGGAUGAAGGGGACUCAGAUGUGGACGAGGAUGCCCCCACCCCCCCACCACAGCCACCCCCCGAGGAGGCGCUCCCCCAGCCCCCUCCCCUCCCUCCCCAGCCAGAGGAGGUACAGAUCAGGAGAGACUACGAUCCAAAAGCUGCCCGUAUCCAGCCCCCCACCAUCCAGGACACAACAGCGUGGGUGGUGUCCCCCAUCACGGGGGAGAGGAUCCCGGUAGACAAGCUGCAGGAGCACAUGCGCAUCAGCCUGCUGGACCCCCGCUGGGUGGAGGAGAAACAGAGCUCUCUCAAGGAGAAACAGUCGCAGGAGGAAGUCUUCGCUCCAGGAUCUGCCAUCGACAGCAGCCUGAAGAUGCUGGCUGAGCGCCGUACCGAUAUCUUCGGUGCCGGCGACGAGGAGACGCGCAUCGGUCGCAAGCUCGGAGAGGAGGAGAAGAAGACGACAAAGGUGACGUGGGAUGGACACACCGCCAGUAUGGAGGCCACGACAAGGGCCGCGCAGAAGAACAUCACACUACAGGAGCAGAUUGAGGCUAUCCACAAGGCUAAGGGUCUCACAGCUGAUGAAGAGAAGGAAAAGAUUGGUCCCGCCAUCCCCGCCCAGACAACAGUAGAGCCAACCCCCACUACGAGCACCAUGCCCACCAAACCCCCCGUCCCCCUCCCCACUCCCCAGUCAACCACUAUUGUCCACACCCCUAUGGCGAUACCUGUUCCAGCCCCACCCAAACCCCCCAUGCCGCCACAGAUGUUACAGCAGCUGCGCCCCCAUGUGAACCUCAUCCCCCGACCCCCCAUGCCACCCCAACCCCCCAUGCUCAUCGCCCGACCCCCUAUGGUCCCACCCCCUAUGGCUCAGAUGGCGAGGGCGGCAGGGUUUGCCUUCCCCCCUGGCACCAUGCCCACACAGCCGCCCCGCCCGCCCAUGUCCAUGCCACAGUUUGUCCCCGCCCCUCCCCCCGUCCCCGCACCCCCUCGCCCCAUCAUCCAAGAGCGCCCCCCUGCCACAGAAGAACCGGCAACUAAGAAACAGAAGACAGAGGACUCCCUGGUCUCAGAGGAGGAGUUCCUGAAGAGAAACAAGGGGCCGGUCACCUUCAAGAUCAUCGUGCCCAAGAUGGACGACAAGAGCGAGUGGAACCUGAAUGGACAGACUCUGACCUUCACCCUGCCUGUUACAGACACUGUGUCUGUUAUCAAGGCUAAGAUCCAUGAGGCUUUGGCAAUGCCUGCUGGGAAACAGAAGCUGCAGUAUGAGGGAAUCUUCAUCAAAGAUUCCAAUACGCUGGCUUUCUACAACAUGACUCAUGGAGCAACUAUCCAACUGGCACUGAAGGAGAGAGGAGGAAGGAAGAAGUAGAGCAAAAGCAAAACUUCAAAAGACUUGGUGAAAAGGAAAAUGUUUAAUGUCACAGUCCAUACUGGAAAUUCAACUUCAAGUGUAUCCUACCCUCUUUGUACAGUGAGGGGUCCAUCCAAAUGUGUCUUUGAUAAGUCUAAGACUGAUGGUUGAAUACUGCACCUUUUAGGUAAUAUUUGCAAGACCUUUUCUCCAAUUUCUUGCAAAAGUAUUCUACAGGAUUUCUAUACACCAAGGAGCUUUUACUGAUAAAAGCUCCUUGUAUACACCAAGCAUUUUGUUUCAUAUCGUAAGCACUCUACCUAACUUGUAAGAAGGUAUACUUUUGUUUCUGCAAAUGUACUGACAAAAAAAGUGCAUUGUAAAAUAUGGAUGUUUACUUGACUGAUACAUAUAGUACUUAAGAUGUUGUUUAUUUCUAAGGAAAUUGCAUAUUCAAAGGUUUGGCUAUUCAUAUCUUAAAACGUAAUGAGAACCUCAUGAGUAUGAUAGUCACAGUUUUAAUCUGCAUCCAUAAUCAUUGAUUGUGUAAAGAACUAAGUGGAAGGAAUAAAUGUGUCGACAUGUGCUGGUUUUUGAA